AUGAGGAUAACUGUCAUAUGAACAAAUAAUAAAAAUAAGUAGUAUCAGUAAAAAUGUGAGAAUUAUUAUUUGAAACGCAAGUAUUAAAUUUUUCAAAUUAGUGUCUAAAAAAACUGCCAUCAUGGAGAUUGAUAUUAAUGAGACACGUUAUACUCAACAUGUUUUUCUUGAGGAUCUUAAAAUGGAUUCGAAUAUGAUGUGGUUGAUUGGGUCUUUAGUGUCAGCAUUGGUUUGGAUUGUCUACAUAACCUUUUAUAAUUCCAGAGUUUUUGGGUAUAUUGUUACUAGAAUGGUUAAUAAAUUUAUUAGCAAAGGGACAUUUUUUAAACUAGGUUCAAUUACAGUCAGUCCAUUGGCAGGCAAGUUAAUGUUUCGAGAUUUUGUAUAUAUACAAAGUGAUUUUACAGUUCGUAUUCAAGAUGGUUAUUUUAUUUUUCGCUGGUGGAGAUCUUAUAUCCCUAAAGAUGUUUCUGAGGAUCUUAGUCAUUCUGACACGAGACUUUCUAUGCUACUUAAUGGAUUUGAACUGCAUGUUUAUAAUAGAACUCGUCUAUAUGCAAAAUUAGAAAAGACAUUUGGUUUGGAACCAUCAAUAUUUUUACCAAAUGAUUUUGAUCAUAUUUCUGAUAUCAUUAAUUCAUCAGAGAAGACUCUAAAUGCUUCAGAAAGAAUAAAAAAUGCAGCUUAUAAAUCUAGACCAGAAGCAACAAUGGCUAAAACUUGGAGAGAUUUGAUACCUGUUAUAAAAAUUGACAUCAUAUCUGGUCGCGUGGUCUUCGGAAAUAAAUUGAUUCCCACAACAUUAUCUAUAGGAUUAGAAGAAGCUCAUUUGUUAUAUAGCACAAAACCUGCAGCAUCUCCACUGGAUUAUCUAAUGCACUUUGUGAAAUGUCAAGCCGAUAAUUGUAAGGUCAUGCUAGCGAAUAGUCCUAAUUACACUGGGAUGAUUGAUGAACCACCCAGAUAUAUGGGAGAAGGAUUUGUAAUAAUGAGCUCAAAUUAUAUAGAAUUAUAUCUGUAUAUGGAUGAACCAGGAAUAGUUCCUGAACAACCAGGAAUCAGUCAUCUUGCUAACGGUGAUGUUGUCGAACCAUCAUUACCUAUGUGGGGAGUUGACAUUAAAUGUGGAAAAGGAACAGAUUUUAGCUAUGGACCAUGGGCAGAUAGACAGAGAGACCAUUUAUUCAAAUUUUUCUUUCCAAAUGACUGGCAAUCAAUGAAGGCCACCGAGCUUCCGAAACCUGGUGAGAAAAGACAAAUGCAAAAUUUUGAUAUACGUUUGAGUACAUUAAAUGAAGCUACCAUUGAUAUUCUAUUUUCAAAAAAUAAGGAGACUAAUGCAGUUCAUGUGAAUAUUGGAGCUGGUUCAUACUUAGACAUUACAUUACCUUGGAUGAUUGAACCUACAGGUUUUACCACUAAAAUUAAUGGUCAGCUUCUUCAUUUGGAGGCAUCAACUAGCUUACAAUAUCGAAGUUUGGCUGAAAGUGAAACAUUAGAAUUUAGUGUAAAGUGUCAUUAUCCUCUGAGAUGGAAUCAACAUCAAGAAUGGACCUUACAUCUUACAGGUUGUAAGGCAACUGCUCAUCUUAUAUAUUCACAUAAAGAAUUUUUUCAAGAUCUUGUUAAUGACUGGGCUAGUAAACAAAGACCUGACUUAUUAACAUUCGUUCCAUACACUUGGAAAUUUUCACUUCUUUUAAAGGAAUUUGAAAUAAUUACUAUGAGUAAUGAAUAUAAUUGGAUCGAUUGCAGUUCGACACAUCAAGAAAACUGUCACCUUGCAUUCUGCGGGGAUUUGUUUGAUUUUUCAUUUGACUUGCCAUUUAAAGAUUUUCUGCCACAAACCAUUCCCUUACGAUUUUGGAUACAGGGUGAAGGAUUAGAUUUAAGUUUAUAUUUACCAGAAAUUUCUACUAGUCGUCCUGUUAUAUUAGCACUUCAUUCAAAUGCCAAAAUAUUAUCAAGAAAUGGUCCAAUAAAUAGUAAUUCAUUUAAUACUAAAAAAUGGAGAAAAAUAUGUCAAAAUUCCAAUGGGUGGAUUGAUUGUUGGUCAGUUCCUAUAAUAGCACUUAGUAUUAAUUAUAUUUAUCAUCCUCGACCACCACUAGGACCUGAUCCACAGGCAGAUAUAACAACACCGGAGAAGGAAGAAAUUCUGCUAUCCCCCAUGAGAAUACCGAAAUUUCAAAAGUCACCUGCUAUUCAUUGGAAAACUCAACCUGGAGCCAAAAAUUUUGAUCCCCAAGCCCUUCCUCCAGAUAAAAUAUCAGUUGAAUUAGAAAUUGGACCUUCAGUUCUAUUGGCAUAUGGAUCAGUGCUUAGAAACUUUAUUCAUCUUAAGGAAAAUAUUUUUGGUGACAGUCAAACAUUUACUGACAUGCAUCAAAACUGUACACAACAAAAUGAAAAAAACACUUCGAAUUCUUCAGAUAAUUCAGCUAAUGUGCCUGAAAUAAAUGUAGAAUUUCACGGAAUGCAGAAAAAUCAAUUUGAUCCAAGAAUGUACAGACCAUUAGAUGUUGUUGUUACUAUAACAAUGCAUGAUAUUCAAGCUCACUUAGUAAAGAAUUGCAAUCCUGAGGACCCUCCAUGUCCAGUGAUAAUAAUUGAACGCUUAGGUUUUGAAAUGCACAAAACAUUCCGUGAAACUAGAUUACAGCUUUUGCUAUCACCAUCAUUUUUAAUUUGUGCAGAUAACAAUGUGAGGAUGAACAAAGACAAACAUUUGCAACAAGGUCAUUUAAUGCUAUCUGCGUUGCAGGUUCGUGGUGAUGCAAUGUUUAGUAAUGAAGGUUGUUCAUUGGAUGAUGAAACGUUGGAAUAUGCCUGGCUAGUUGAAGCACAACUUGGCAAAUUUUCUGGAAAAAUUACUAUGCCACAGUUGUGUCAUAUAAUUACUGGGCUUGAAACAUUAGUAUUAUUAGUAAUUGAUGCUGAGAAUUGUUUGAGGCCACCAAGCAAUGUGCGACUUUGCCAUCAUGGUGUAGCAUCUGAUAUGUGCACACAUUCCAUUAAUGAAAUUCGAUACAGAUGUCCAUCAAGUGAAGAUAUCAAAUACCGAAUGGUUAGACUGGCGAUAGAUGCUGUAGAUAUGUAUUUAGUGGAACAUGGUACUGCACUACAUACAUGGAUCUCUCCUAUUAGAUUUUCUACUUGUAAUUUGCAUGGUCAUCAAGUAAAAUCAGGUAUAACAGGAAUGCUGCCCUUAAUAUUGAUCAGGCAAUUUAUAUCUGCUGAUAGUCAUUUCAGUAAUUCAUAUAGCAAUACAAAUACUACUAGCAGUGGUCGAUCUAAUUAUACUUAUAAGGAACACAGAAGUUGCCAUGAACUGUCUGAACAUUGGCUGGAAGUGGGAUUCAUGACUUUUGGUCCUGUUAUUAUAGAGGCUGCAACUUCUUUGCCUUCUCCUGAUCAUAGUUUACAUAUUGUUCAACAUAAAUUUUUAAGAACACAUGAUAAAAAGACGAAGCGCUUAUGGUUUCUGUGGACCACUGAAGAUGAAGGUGUCUCAAAAGAUAAUUCAAAAAAUCCCCAUUGCGGAUGUCUUGGUGGCUGUGCUUUCUUUGGCAGUAAUAAAAAUGGUGCAUGUUUUUUUAAACCAAAACCACAAGACAAAGAAGAUGGAAUUAAUGUUGCAGUUUUUUGUAUAAAUAAACCAAACGAAGAUAUUGGAUUUGGUCAAAGCCUUCUACAUGAAGGGCAGCUAAUAUUUCGAACUGCUCCUUAUGAUACGAACAAUAUAAUAUUACAAGAAUCAUAUACAUUGCAUAGAGAAAGUCAAAAGUCAGGAGAUGCUAAGUUACACAACAGAAUGUCAACUAAGGAAUGUAGAUCAGCAGCUAAAUUGGAUGAUAUCACUAGUCUAAAUAAUAAAUUGAAUGCAUCUAAGCAAUCAUUUUCAUCAAUUAGUAACUCUGAUGAUUGGAAGGCUGUAGGACGACGGUUCUCAUGUACUUCUGCAAGAAGUAAUGCUGCCAAAGCUUGUGAAGUGCCUUACGGAAGAUUGAAAGAGAAUGAUCCCAGCAAUGAAUACGAUACUAGAGUAUUGAGUUCAAGUUUACAGAUAUCUCAAGAAACUAAUGCCCCCAAAAGCAGUGCAUCUGAUUCUAGACUUGCUGUUGAUUAUUUUGGAAUUGGCUCUGAUGAAGUUACAAUAAAAGGCAGUGACUACAAUGGAGAAACAAGCAAUGUUUUGGAAUCAGAGUUACUCUUGAAUGUAGGAUCCGAUUGUUCAGAAAAAUUUAGGCAAAAUGUUCAAAGAACAAUUUCUAUGACAAGUGACAGUCAUUCGGAAGCUUUUUUCUCUGCAGAUGAAGAUUUAACAGCAAGUAGAACUGCUAGUUUAAGACAUACUGCAUUGACAUCAGAUCAAUUUAAUCUUAAUGGAAAUAAUAGGAAAAAAUGUGCAAGUGAUUUGAGUAUUACAAACUUAGACAAAAAGAUGGAGGUUAAGAGAGAGUUGGGUGUUCCUGAUGGUAUUUCAGGAGUUUGUCAAUUUGGUAGGAAAGCAACGAAACAUACAACUCAUUGCAGCGAUCAUGAGAUCAAUUCAAAUGUUUUUCUUUAUCCUAUGGAUAGAAAAAUUGCUGAACAAGACACUUUGAAUAACCAUGAAAUGGAUUCAUCGGAUUCAAAAUCUGCUUCAAGCAGUUCUUUUAUAUCGGCUUUGUCAUCACAAGAGGACAUCACAUUAGUUAAUCUACACAUGCAAGGAAAUAAACCUAUUAUUGAUUCGCCGCUUCUUAUGGCCAGUUAUGUUACACAUUUAGCACAGGUCCGGUGCUCCAAAUGGACUACAAGUUCAUUACCUUUUGGAACAGAUGCCUUUUCAAUGCCAGUUUUUAGAAAAAAUAGUGAGGGAUGCAUGGUUUACAUAGGCUCCAGAUAUUUACCGCAUUUUGAUACAAUGGUCGAAGGCCUUUCAAACCUGCGCAUGGUGGAUAGGAGUGAUUCAUCGCCUACCAAUCGUAAAACACCUCAAGGCGUGCAAUCUCAUCCAUAUACAUGGGAUAGUUCUAUUUUGCUCGCGGCUAGCAGUGAAUCAGAGCCAGAUCAUAUAGGUGAAGGAGCAAACUCUGAUAGAGAAUUUUUAGCUUGUCAAACAGAAGCAGUAUCACGAAGCACUUGUAUUGUGCGCUUCAAAGGGGGAGUAGAUGUUAUGAUAACUCCACUUGUGCUAGAAGGCUUGCAAAGGCUGAUUGACAGCCUGACGCCAACAAUGGCUAGUUUGCAUCUUCUUACUGUAGUCAAUCAUUUGCAUGCAUCAUGUGUAGGAAAAGUACAAGAUGCUAAUAUAUUAAAGAAAGAUGAAUCAUUGAGUUAUUGGUCUCAGGUACAUAGCAAUUCUAAACACAGUACAACUGAACGUCAAAUGACUAGUGGCAAAGGACCAAAAGAGGAAUAUGUUCAGACUAAUGUGUAUGAAGAAUGCAUAUCAACACAGCUUCAAGGAAUUAUCAUUUUUCCUAAGAUAAAUAUUACCAUAUUUCAAACAUCAGUAGUUGAAGAACUGAUUUCCUUCGCAGCUCUAGAUAAUAUACAGGAUUUGACUUGUGCUUCUCUAUUAGCAGUUUGUUUUGAAAGUGUAACGCUAAGGUGUCACAUUGGCAAGCAGGCGAAAGAAGUCGUACAGACUUUAAGUAGACCAACUGCUCCAAAUCGGGGAUUGAAGAAAGUUACGGGGUUAAUGCGAGGUCCGCGCGCCUUUAUAUCUGGGAAUCUGCCCAGUAGAGCGAGCCAAGAUGCUCUACCAAGUGAGCCAGACUAUAUUGAAACAUCCGAAAUGCAGCAAGAAGAAUUACUUGUUACACUAAAUGUUGGAAGAAUACAUACACAGCUUAGACGUUUACGGAAUGAGAGUUCGAUUUUAAAGGAUGCGAUUAUUACGUCAAUUCCUUCACAUUGCUCUCGCGUUUUAUUCACAUGCGUGAGGAUAUCAUCUGCUGUCCCUUCAUCAGUGUUCUAUCAGCAAAUGAAUCAAGCUGAAAAUACUCCUUUGAAAACAUUUGCCACUGACAUUGGAAGUUCUAAUGGUAACUUAUUGGACAAUUCAAUGGGGUUUAUAAUGUUUGAAUGUGGUUUGGAAGGUGUUUCUAUUAAGAUUGUGAAACGAUCCCAGCGUGACAAUAAUGAAAAUGGUCAAAACGGUAAUAAAAGCAGGGAAAGUGAAGUAUUUUAUGAUGAUUCAGUACACUCAAAACAGAGUACUGAUAAUACUAAGUUAGAGAACAUUUCAAGUAGCACUCCAAUGCCUGAACAGAAGUCUUAUCACAAUGGCCAAUUAAGUACGGCUCCUACUCCAACAAGUUACAGGAAGAACACUAUGAAUAGUAUUGGAUUUGAAAUACCUAAUAAUCAAAAUAGUACUGUAUUAAAAGAUGACAAUGGAAAAACUUCAUCAUGUGUGAUUGAAUUCAAGACGGUAUGGUUUAACUUUGCUGCACCACCCAGAGCACCUAUUACUAGAAAGCUAGACUUUACUAGAUUGGAUUGGAAUCUUCUAAGUACUGCUUCUUCAGCUAUCAAUGCCUGGAUGAAUCCAAGUAAUAGAUUUUUUAUAAAAACAAUGACUAUGUGCAAAUCUAUGUAUAGACGCAGAACUGCUGUAGUAGUUUGUCUCAUGGCUGAUGCUCUUGAUGUUCCUUCUAUACAUAUUCCCGUUAAGAGCCGAUAUGGUAAACUAACACCACUUGCAAAAACUUUGCAAGAAGAUCCGUCUUGUCAGUUGUGCUGUGUUUUGCAAAAAUAUGUGCUUCUUGGCGAAGUUAAAGCUGUUGAAAACAAUCUGAGAGAAUCAGAAUUACCUUUGCUGUCUACACUCAGAGAAGGCGUGAUUGUAUUAAGUCGACAGUGGAAAAAUGUUUUAUAUACUCCAUUACUACUUGAACAUAAAUAUAAAACUAAAUUAGUACGACCUAUUAAUAUUACAAUCUCUAUGCCUGAGACUGAUGAGGAAAAUUUGUUCGUUGAUGAGACUGAAGUCGAAGGUACAGAAAUGACAGAUGAAUGUGCUACUUUACUCAAUAAUAAUAAAUCUAAAUAUGUAAUGAAAGAACUAAAUGAACCAUUGCAACCAAUGAAUGGAGUGCCAGUAAACAUAUCUGCAGAUUUCAUUAAACCAAACAUAUGCAAAGAGGGUGUUACUGAUCGAGUACUAACGUCGCCAAGUCUAAAAUCAGGAACUGGAUAUGGGACACUGCGAGAAGAACAACAUGGUUCUGUAGGAAGCGUCUGCUCUUCAGGUGAAAGUGGUAAUAACCCUUGCACAAGUCCUGUAGUGAGCAAUGAAAGGAGUGCCUCAAUAUCUGCAACGAGGUUUGGAGAAGAUCUUUAUAGUUGGAUGGCAAAACAAGAUACAAAAGAAGAUUAUGAUAAUAAAUUUAAAGACUUGAUGGCUAAAACCGGUCGCGUACGCGAACCUCUGAUUGAUAAUAUGGCUGCUAGUGGGGUCAAUAUGUAUCCAAUUCAUGAUUCAUUAAAACUUCUGGAUGCACACCUAAUAUUUGAACCACUGCUAACUUGUUUAGGAGUGAUGCCACAGAAAAUGCUGCCUAACAUUAGUGAAGGUAAAGCAAACUAAUAUUUAACCUAUUCAGAUAAUUUAUCAUCCUUGGAUGCACUUGGGACAAAAUUAUCACUUAUUGGAAGUAUAGAUAUGUUGAGAAUAGAUAUUGUAGUUAGUGAAAGCAAAACUGACAAGAAAAAAUCCAAGUUUAAUACAAAAUCAAAAGGACACAAAUUUAUACUAAAAAUUUCACCAGAAACGCCAGCUUUUGUUUGUGAAAAAAUGGGUGUACAGUUGGAAUUAAAUAAAGUAGCUGAUGUUUCCAUAGACGAAGCAGUUCGAAGACAGAGUGUCCUAUACUUGUCUAGAGGACAGUUACGAAAACAUACCUCAACAAUAUUGAAUUUUAGUUUGAAUAUUAAUUAUAUUUCGCAACAGAUAAAUAUGCCCCUUCUUCGUUUACUUCAUCAAAUAAGCAAUAUGUAUCAAAAUGUUAAAAAUACUCAAAAUGAAUUAAGAGAACAGCAUGCUGAUAUGAAAAUGCCAACUGAAAAUGGCAUAUCUGAAGAUAUCUUUGCACAACCCAGAGAGGCCUCUUCAUUAGUGUCUGCAAAUAAUGAUCAUUUGUCUUCCCAUACGUUAAUUGGAUCUUUAGAUAAAUCUAUAAUGCUUGACGCUCCUGUAUCAAGUUUUAAUAGUCAAGUUUCUGAUAUUGUGAUAUCUCACUCGGUUAGUGCUCAAAAGGUUUGUUCUUUUACUUCACAACCCCCAACUUCUCAAUCGCCUAGCUUCCGAAUACGACCGCAGAGUUUGGCACAGAAAUUAAGAUCUACUAGUAAAACAGUAAAAGGAAAACUCGGAUAUACCAAUUUAAAUGAAGGAACAACGUCGCCAACCGAGAUAAGAAAUGAUUCAUUUUCGAAUUCUGCUGUUGAAAGAAUAACAGUUAUAUCCGAAAAAGGACAGCAAAAAUCAGGAAUUGCCAAUGGUAUCUCAUCAACAAAUUGCUGGAAAACAGUUUAUUAUUUGUUAGAUCUUUAUGCAACUCAACCUGACACUAAAACAAUUCCUCACAGAUUUUCUGUGGCUCCGGAUAUAUCAGAACAUUAUAAAAAUGUUCGAAAAUUUAAUCUAGUAUCUGAAGCAAAGUCUCAAGAUGAUAUAGCACCAGGAGAUCAAACAAGUUCAACACCAAUCCAAACAAACCGAGAUUUAGGCAUUUUUGGUAAUGAGCGAGCUAGGUGGGUAGUAUUUGGAAUAGCCAGAAUACAUAGGACUCGAUUAUUGGCAACAUUAAGUGGGCUGAAGUUGGAAGCAGAAAUUACCAGUCUUCAGAGUAGCCUUACAUGUAAAAAGCGAUUGCACACUGCUAGACUAGAAUGCUCAUUAACAGGGCAAGUUGGAAAAACUAUGAUAGUACUAUUGGAAGGCGUAGCUCCAAAUCAACAAACUGUAGUGAAAGUGACUGUUGGAAAAUCGCAGACAUUAUAUUCUAGUAUAUCAAGAAAAAAUAAAAAUAAAAACUCUGGACUACUGACUGUAGGAGCUGUAAAUAUUGACAUUCCCCAACAUCCUGUUGCACUGCAUGGCAUGAUGACUAGAGGUUCAAAACAACUAUCAUCAACUUUGCAGGAGUUACGUGUAGUACGUACGAGUGGCAGAAUAUCUCGAAGUGGAGGCGUUUAUCACACAGAAGACAUCGAAUCUAGCAGUGGGGUUCAACAGACGGGGAAACAAUCACCAAUGCAACCCAACGAUACCGCUCACACGAAAAAGCCACGUGAAAGGAGUAAAACACCUGGCACAACUGCAGCAACUUCGGGAUUGCUUCAACCUCUUGUAAUGCAGUUUCUCAUUAAUUUGGAGAGUUUAAGUAUUACUGCAGCACUCUUGCCAUCGUUACAAGCUCAGUAUAAAAUGGAUAAAGUGCAGAGUACAGGAGUUACAGGGAGCAAAGCCAAAUUUACUAUAGAUUUACCACAACACAGUCUAAGUUUUAAUACUAAAAUACAGGCAUCCGAAGCCAAUUUACCUUCAGAAGCAAGUAUAUCACUACCAAAAGUUCAUGUUGGGGCUGAAUAUAUUUUAGAAAGUGAUCAUCAAGAAGCAUCUAAUAAAGAAUCUUUCAGAGAAGAGACUCGGAAUAUUGAUGGUUUAAUACUUUGCCAAGGAAGUUAUUUGAAUGCUACUGCUGAUAUUGGAGCUUUUGAGCACAGUCUUACAACAGAUAUGCUCAAUCAUUUAGUUUUUGUUCAGAAAGUUUUUAUGAAGGAAGUCAAUGAAGUUGUUCAAAAAGUUUAUGGCGGUGAGAAACCUGUUCCAUUAUGGCUCGAAGAUCAUGAUGAAGCUAGUACAACAACUGUUAAACAAAUUUUAUUUUCUCUUAUAAUUCGUAUAAAAAGGGUUCAAUUAACCGCAACUACGCCCACUAAUUCCGCAGUACGCCUUGAAACUGGAGCAGUCGAUUUUCAGCUAUCGAAUCGAGUACGCAAUGUUUCUGUUUCAGACAGUACUCGUUCAUCUUCUGCUCUUAAACUAUUUGGGAAAGCACAGGUGGAUGUGAACUUAAGCCUUGGUCAACUACAUCGUAAUGUUAUUUUUGAUGAAGCUGAACCGGAAUUUCAACAGUUUGCAUUUUUUAAUACUAGAAUUGGCUUGCGUAAUGCAUUUCAAGAUGAAAUGGCUCGAGAAGAUAUGGAGGUUGUGCUCAUAACAUUAAAGAGACCAUUAAUUUAUAUUCAACCCAUGGCUGUAGAUAGAGCAAUAUUAGUCUGGCUGAAUUAUAAAAAUGCUUAUGAGUAUUGGAAUGAAAAUCGUGCAAAUUUAAAUAAAGAAGUUUUGACUGCUACUCAACAGGUUUUAGAAAAAGUACAAUUUGGGCAAUUGAGUGCACCACAUCUUGGAACUUUGUUUCUGCAAUUAACAGUUGAAGACAUGGGAAUUUGUUUGCCUUUAAAUCCACUACCUUUGUCUUCUUGGACAAAUAGAGGAAUAUAUGAUUAUGAUUCUAAAGGGGCUGUGGUUGUUACAUUAGAGAAUACUAGUAUUUCAGCUUGCAGUUCAGGCUCAUUAGUGAGCAAAGGAAAAUUUGUUGGAUUAUGUUUACGAUUUACUGAUGAUUUUGAAGCAUCUUUAGAUGACUGGAAGCCUGAUAUGAAUGAUAGUAAUAUAAUGAAUCUUUGUGUUGUUUCUGAAGGAACAUAUGAAGUAUGCAGCAGAACAAUUGCAGCAAAACAGGGAGUAGAAAAUGCAAAGUGGUUUUUGAAUGUACAAUGGCAAAUGGAAGGUGUGGAUAUCCAUCUAGAUGUUAAUGUUGGCAAACAACUUUCAGCCUUGGGGCAUACAUUAACCAUGCUAACGGGUUCCGAAGAAGAUGAUCAAAUGAUUUUCGACUCUGAUAGUGAUGAUGGCCAAAAAACCUCACAGGAAAAUAUAUUAACAAAAAAUACUAACAAAUGGAUGGACAGUUUGCCAGCUUUUGUUUUUGACCCUAGCAUAGACGCUAAACAAAGAUCCAAAUUGAUAGAAAAGGAAAUGAAUGAACAAGCAAAAAUCAUCCAUGACUUGAGAACAUUGGGUGCAUCUCAAGGAACUAUAGAACAUGAAAUGAGAAGACUCCAUGAAUUGGAAACCUUAAUUUUUAAAGAUUUUCGAAGAGAUAUGAUAAAGAAACUGCGUCGACAAAGUAUGCGCACAACAGCAAUCAAGGAUAAGUUGGGUUUUGGUCAACACAGUACUCUUAGAAGUCGUUACCCGACUAUUGAACAAAAUAUUCAAAUGAAUGGGUCGGUUCUCGAGACGAUUGCGAGUGGCGAUAUCGGCGGAGAUACCAGCCCAGGUGGACCAUCCCGAUCUGCUUCUCUUAAAGUGCGCGGGCAGCAACGUGUUACAUUUGGAGAUGCACCUCACGUUCUUAGGCAAUCUUCUCUUCCUGGUACAAACUCAAUAGCAAAUAUAUCUGAGUCAGAUCAAAGUUGGAUAUUAGAUCCUGCAGAGGACAAUAUUAUUAUAGACGGAACACCAGUGCAAAUGCGUCGUAAAACUACUCAAUCUACACCAUCAUCAUCAGAAACAAAGAACUUAGAUACUUCUAAAGUACAAAAGCAACAAGAACCAAAUAUAGAUUUUGAAUUAGAUGUCAAGGUUUUAAUCAACAGUGGAAAAUGUGUUCUUCAUACAAAAGAUAUUGCCAAAGAAGAAGAGAUAAAAAUGCGAAUUAAAAAAGAGAGAUCAAGUUCGGCAGCUGGUUUAGAUGCUCCAUUGUUUGGUUCUCCGAGCGCAUCAAGACGGCAUCGCGAUAAAGCGCCGCCAUCAACCAAUUCUAGAUUGCGCUAUAACCACGCUUAUCUAUCACAACUAGUUGAUUUGACAAUAUUUCAUAUACCAGGUUUAGAUGUUAAGGUACAUUAUGAAUCUAAAACAUUGCCGGAAGAAUGUAGUUAUUCUAGGUCAUCAUUUGCAGAAGGUUUAAGUUUUUCUGGUCGAAAACCCGGUACAAAACGAGCGUCUUUAUUUGCUUGGACAACAUUACAAAGCAUUCCAGAAGAAACCGUGAUAAGCCCUCACAUUCUUGAAUUUUUGGAGCAGACUUUGGAGCCCAUACCUACCAAACCUAAUUUAACUACAGCAGGACAAAUAAAUAGUAGAGUUACUAUAAAUGAUGUUUCUAACUAUGGGCAGUAUGUUUACACUUCCUUUCCAGUAGACGUGAUAGUAUAUUUUCAUAUGCAGCCAUCAACAUUCAGAUUUUCUUGUCUACCCGUGUCUCGAGUGGAAUGCAUGCUUCAACUACCAUCUCUUGAUAUAGUAUUUAGUUCAAAACGACAGGAGGAAGAAUUGUGCAAGUAAGUAAUACUUGUUUUAAUUGUUAAUCAUUAUGAAUUUGGUUAUGCUUCAAAUGCAGCUGCUAUUGGUGGAUUAAGCGUAACUGGCUGUCUUGCUGACUUUUCUGUUUACAUAUUUCAUCCUUAUGGUGGUAAAAAAACUGGUUUAAAAGAAGCACAAUGUUCACCGCUAACAGAUAGUGAAAGAAAGGAUUCUUUGAGUAUAAAUGUUGAGUUUGUGAAAUUUCAUUUAAGUCGGUCAAGGAAAUUGACACAAACUGAUAAAUCACGAGCAGUUAUUAGAUUUUCAACUAUUGUUGACAUUGGAUCAGCCUCGUUUAAAUAUGAUAUGAGACGAUUGACUGAAAUAUUAGCCUUUCCAAAAGCUUGGUAUAGAAGAAGUAUAGUACGCCACUUAUUUUUAGGGGAUCUUAGUAUGCAGUCGCAGCAUUUGGAUGAUACUUUUCCUGAAGAUGGCAAAAGUAUUGAUAAAUUUUGUACCAGCUUACUAUCAAUAACAAAUGACAAAACCGCCCACAAGGAAAAAUUAACUCUCAGCUUUGAAAAUGAUUUACCUAAGCAUGUGCAUCUUGAAGGAUCAAGUUCUGCUUGGGAGACAUUGGUUUUGUUUGCUGUUAAUUUUACAAAACUUAGUGUUCAAAUGAAUAUGGGAAAUGUUAUGGGAAAUGUGAUGUGGAUGACAAAAGACUUCAGAUCACAUGGUAGGCUAAGUAUAGGCAGCACAGGGCAUAAAAAUAUGUAUCUUGGAUUUGGUCUUGGAGGUUCAAGUCUUGAUGCCAAAGGCGGGAUUGUAGGCGGUACGAUUGAACUCAGCCAAAUAAAUACACAUGUACACAUAAGAGAAGAGGCCGGCUCAGAACCAGACCAUGUGAUGGGUAUAUGUCUGCUGGCACUAGAGUUGCGCUUAGAUUAUAUGGGAACGAGUGCUGUGAUGGCACGCAUAAGCAGAUUGGACGCCGAACUUCGUGACGAAUGGCGCAGAGAGCGCGGCGCCAACACCGUCACUCGAAGGCCGGCGACGAUAUUUAUACACAAUGACUUACGCUGGGAUCAGUUGCAAUUAAUGAUCAGUAAAUCAACGACUGUAGACUUGUUAAAAAUGUAUCACAAACUGGAAGAAUUCUUCUCGCAGCAAUUUAAAAGCAGCAAGCGCGUUUUCUCAUCAUUGCAGCCGCGCGCUUUUUCCCGUCCUGUAGCCAUGAAUGCCACCUCCGGAACUUCUCAGAUUGGAUCUGGAUUGAGUAGACAUAAACUUGCCAGCAAAAAGAAAUUACCUUUUACUGCUGAUAAUAAAGAAGCAGGAGGGCCAGAAAUACAAGAUGCACGCCAUCAUAGGCAUUGGCAAAAAGCAUUGCGACUUGUCACCAGCUUAGCCAAGUCUACCCUCAAAAUACCAUUGCCUGUCACAGGUACCGUUCUCGGUGGAACUAUGCAAUUACGCGGUAAUAAUAUUUCUUUGGCUUGUUUCCAUGGUAUUAAUUUUAAAUGCAGAAGUUGGGCACUAUUUAGUUUACAAGAACCAUGCAUUGAUUUUUCAACGGAAUCACAGGAAAUAUAUUCUACUGAUGGUUUCGAAGAUCAGCGAGUUCACAUUGUGCAAACUUUAACGUUUGGUCUGGGAGUAUCAGAAAGUGAACCUAAGCAGAGAAAAGUCCCUCCACUUGCUCAACAUAGAUCCAUGGCCACCGUUUGUAGAAUUUCGAGAAAUGUUAUUUUUCCACCGCAAUAUAAGACACCGCAUGAGUGGUUUCAUUAUGCCUUUGCUGGUAGCGAUAUCGACGCCGUAGAUCGUUUUCCGGUCGUAGAACGUGAUAGGCCCGAAGCUUUUGCUAAUCCGUCAGAAAGGGCUCGUAGUGCAGGGAUUAAUACACCAAGCAGCUCUAAGCUUUUGGACCUCAAUCACACACGAGAAGUCAUUUUUGCUCUGCCUAGUUUGCAUGCGCAUCUUAAAACAGAACAUCUACAGGCUUCUCUCACACCAGAUAAUACUGCUUCAAAGCCAGUAGUACAAUGCAGCUUUAUCACAGAAUUUGAGGAUCAUAUAUUUGUAACAGUUGAUGCGGAGGCAUUUUUCUUUCUCCAUGAUUUGAUUACGUCCUAUGUUAAAGAAAAGGAAAGAGUGAGUGGGCUUUUUGGUGUUAGAUCCAAUAGUCCAGAUCCCAGAACUAUGGAACAACCUUCCUCUAGCCAGAGUACCCCGGGCACAAAUGUAACGCCUGGAAAUACUUCAACCGAUGACAAGAAAAAACGAGGAUUUGAUCCUGCUGAUAUGUUUACCAAAGACUGGCGUGAUUUUAAUUGUAAAACUUGGCAUUUGGAGCCCACUGUCAGAUUAUUAUCUUGGGCUGGUAAGUCAAUUGAGCCAUAUGGAGUAGAUUACAUUUUACAAAAGUUAGGUUUUAGUCAUGCACGUACUACAAUUCCUAAAUGGAUGCAACGAGGGUUUAUGGAUCCACUAGAUAAAUUAUUAUCUGUGUUAAUGGCUCAACUUAUUAAAAUAGUACGAGAAGACUCACAACAGAAAACAUAA